GGCGCUGGGGGCGCGGCGGCCAAGGCGGGCGGCGCCGCCGACAUGACGGACAACAUCCCAUUGCAGCCGGUGCGCCAGAAGAAGCGGAUGGACAGCAGGCCCCGCUCCGGGUGCUGUGAGUGGCUGAGAUGCUGUGGUGGAGGGGAUCCCAGACCCCGCACUGUCUGGUUGGGGCACCCCGAGAAGAGGGACCAGAGGUAUCCUCGAAAUGUCAUCAACAAUCAGAAGUACAAUUUUUUCACCUUUCUUCCUGGGGUGCUGUUCAACCAGUUCAAGUACUUCUUCAACCUCUAUUUCUUACUUCUCGCCUGUUCCCAGUUUGUUCCUGAGAUGAGGCUCGGUGCGCUAUACACCUACUGGGUUCCCCUGGGCUUCGUGCUGGCUGUCACUGUCAUCCGGGAGGCUGUGGAGGAGAUCCGAUGCUACGUGCGGGACAAGGAAGUCAACUCCCAGGUCUACAGCCGGCUCACAGCAAGAGGUACCGUGAAGGUGAAGAGCUCCAACAUCCAAGUUGGGGAUCUCAUCAUUGUGGAGAAGAACCAGCGCGUCCCUGCUGACAUGAUCUUCCUGAGGACGUCUGAGAAAAAUGGGUCUUGCUUCUUGCGAACAGACCAGCUGGAUGGAGAGACAGACUGGAAGCUGCGGCUCCCUGUGGCCGGCACACAGAGGCUCCCCACUGCUGCGGACCUGCUGCAGGUCCGGUCGUAUGUGUAUGCAGAGGAGCCCAACAUCGACAUUCAUCACUUCGUGGGGACAUUUACCCGGGAAGACAGCGACCCUCCCGUCAGCGAGAGCCUGGGCAUCGAGAACACGCUGUGGGCUGGCACUGUGGUGGCAUCAGGCACCGUGGUGGGCGUGGUUCUGUACACUGGCAGAGAGCUGCGGAGUGUCAUGAACACCUCCAACCCCCGGAGUAAGAUUGGCCUGUUUGACCUGGAGGUGAAUUGCCUCACCAAGAUCCUCUUUGGCGCGCUGGUGGUGGUCUCGCUGGUCAUGGUCGCCCUGCAGCACUUCGCCGGCCGCUGGUACCUGCAGAUCAUCCGGUUCCUCCUCUUGUUUUCCAACAUCAUCCCCAUCAGUUUGCGUGUGAACCUGGACAUGGGCAAGAUCGUGUACAGUUGGGUUAUCCGCAGGGAUUCCAAAAUCCCCGGCACAGUGGUGCGUUCCAGCACGAUUCCCGAGCAGCUGGGCAGGAUUUCGUACCUGCUCACCGACAAGACAGGGACCCUCACCCAGAAUGAGAUGGUUUUCAAACGCCUGCAUUUGGGAACAGUGGCGUAUGGCCUGGACUCCAUGGACGAAGUACAGAGUCACAUAUUCAGCGUGUACACUCAGCAGGCCCAGGAGCCACCGGCGCAGAAGGGCCCCGCGGUCACCACCAAGGUGCGGCGCACCAUGAGCAGCCGCGUGCACGAGGCUGUGAAAGCCAUCGCGCUGUGCCACAACGUGACUCCCGUGUACGAGUCCAACGGCGUCACCGACCAGGCUGAGGCCGAGAAGCAGUACGAGGACUCUUGCCGCGUGUACCAGGCGUCCAGCCCCGACGAGGUGGCCCUGGUGCAGUGGACCGAAAGUGUGGGCCUGACCCUGGUGGGCCGGGACCAGUCUUCCAUGCAGCUGAGGACCCCUGGUGACCAGAUCCUGAACUUCACCAUUCUGCAGCUCUUCCCGUUCACCUACGAGAGCAAGCGCAUGGGCAUCAUAGUGAGGGAUGAGUCGACGGGCGAGAUUACGUUUUACAUGAAGGGGGCGGAUGUUGUCAUGGCGGGCAUCGUGCAAUACAAUGACUGGCUGGAGGAAGAGUGUGGCAACAUGGCCCGGGAAGGGCUGCGAGUGCUCGUGGUAGCCAAGAAGUCUCUGGCAGAGGAGCAGUACCAGGACUUCGAGGCCCGCUAUGUGCAAGCCAAGCUGAGUGUGCACGACCGCUCGCUCAAGGUGGCCACGGUGAUCGAAAGCCUGGAGAUGGAGAUGGAGCUGCUGUGCUUGACCGGGGUGGAGGACCAGCUGCAAGCCGACGUGCGGCCCACCCUGGAGACCCUGAGGAAUGCUGGCAUCAAGGUUUGGAUGCUGACCGGGGACAAGCUGGAGACUGCCACAUGCACAGCAAAGAACGCCCACCUGGUGACCAGAAACCAGGACAUUCAUGUCUUCCGGCUGGUGACCAACCGAGGCGAAGCCCACCUGGAGCUGAAUGCCUUCCGCCGGAAGCAUGACUGUGCCCUGGUCAUCUCUGGGGACUCCCUGGAGGUUUGCCUCAAGUACUAUGAGUAUGAGUUCAUGGAGCUUGCCUGCCAGUGCCCGGCCGUGGUCUGCUGCCGCUGCGCCCCCACCCAGAAAGCCCAGAUUGUGCGGCUGCUGCAGGAACGCACCGGAAAGCUCACCUGUGCCGUAGGUGACGGGGGCAAUGACGUCAGCAUGAUCCAGGAGUCCGACUGCGGUGUGGGCGUGGAAGGCAAGGAGGGGAAACAGGCUUCGCUGGCGGCCGACUUCUCCAUCACACAGUUCAAGCAUCUUGGCCGCUUGCUCAUGGUGCAUGGCCGGAACAGCUACAAGCGGUCGGCGGCCCUCAGCCAGUUCGUGAUUCACAGGAGCCUGUGCAUCAGCACCAUGCAGGCCGUCUUCUCCUCCGUGUUUUACUUCGCCUCUGUUCCUCUCUACCAAGGAUUCCUCAUCAUCGGGUACUCCACCAUCUACACUAUGUUUCCCGUGUUCUCCCUGGUCCUGGACAAAGAUGUCAAGUCUGAAGUUGCCAUGCUCUACCCCGAACUCUACAAGGACCUCCUCAAGGGGCGGCCGUUGUCCUACAAGACUUUCUUAAUAUGGGUUUUAAUCAGCAUCUACCAAGGGAGCACCAUCAUGUACGGGGCGCUGCUGCUCUUCGAGUCGGAGUUCGUGCAUAUUGUGGCCAUCUCCUUCACGUCGCUCAUCCUCACCGAGCUGCUCAUGGUGGCGCUCACCAUCCAGACGUGGCACUGGCUCAUGACCGUGGCCGAGCUGCUCAGCCUCGCCUGCUACAUUGCCUCCCUGGUGUUCCUUCACGAGUUCAUCGAUGUGUACUUCAUAGCCACGCUGUCAUUCCUGUGGAAGGUGUCUGUCAUCACGCUGGUCAGCUGUCUCCCCCUCUACGUCCUCAAGUACCUGCGGAGGCGGUUCUCCCCGCCCAGCUACUCAAAGCUCACGUCCUAGCCUGGGCACUCAGCAGAGGGGACCAUGGUCUCCGUGCUUCCUGGAUGGCUCGAGUUCAAGUUCUGCUCCCGUUCCCGCCCCUCUGUUGGUUUUGCAGUGAUUGCUGACACGUGCAGUUUUUUGGUGUGCUGGGGCUCUGCACUGACAAGGGCCUGGCACCCUGUAAACAGGGAGGCUCCUGACGGGUGCCCCACCCCCACUGCCAGCACCCCCAGAUGAUCAGCGAAUAAAUGUGAAAACACCAUGGCGGGGGCUCAGCCGGGAGACUGUGAUGGGUCACUGUGCGGGCUUCUUUAUGACUUGAAUUUGUUGUCAUGUGAUAAAAGUUUCUAUCUAGUUGAAAGGUUGUAGACAGCUUGUUUUUAUUUUUAACAGUCUAAUAUGUGCAGAUUCCAUUUUAAGUUUUUCUCCCUCUUACAAAGCGAUAAUCUGAAAAAGAGAAUGCUCUUGUGUGGGUUUUGGGGGAAAGCAAGACAUGGACAUUGAGCAGAGGUGACCCUCACAGUCGUGUGCAAUUGGAGAUGCCGACUCGCCACCGUGCCGUGGUCCCAGGAUCCCGAAAAAUGGAGCUGAAGAACAAGGGCGCCGUGCCCUCGAGCCAGCGGCCCCAGCACUGGAAGUCGCCUCCCCUGCCACCUCAUAAAAGGAUUUCAGAAGUGUGAUCAUGCUUUGUAGGGACCUGGUAGCGAGGACAGCUGCUUGCGUCUGCAGCAGGAAACGGGCCACCACGCUUUGAAAUGUGUUGACGGUGUGAUAAGAGACUCUGCUAAUUCUUUAGACAACAUGGCAAAUGUGACUCAGCUCCUCCGCGUGCACAGUGGAGAGGUCAGGGAGCCGGGCCCUGCCGCAGCACAGAAAUCUGUUUCCUGUUAGGAGGAAUUACUGAGGAUGAACUGACAAAGGCAGAGGCGUCACACGCCACACUGCGCCAUCAUGAUUAGUGACUCUCAAAGCCAAGAGCCCGGGGCCCCAGGGGCUCAGGCUGGAGCCUGGGGGCUGGGAUCUCUCCCACUGCCUGCGGCUUUCCAGGGGCGCUCGGCUGAAAGGUGGCCCGGAGUUGGGGUUCCUCCCCACCAGGGUUGGCUGCGUGU